GCCGCGAGCUUCGGACGGCCGCUCCUGAUUGGCUGGACGCGGGCGCCGACCCCGCCCUCCAGCCGCCGCUGCGGGAGAGGCCCGGCCGGAGUUUGCGGAGGGCCGAGCCGGGAGCGCGCAGGGCGGCGGCGGCGCAGCUGGAAAGGCCAGAAUACCUGAGUCCUGAGAAGAGAGAGACGUCCACAUCGGAGAUAGGAUGAGGAAACUGAGGCACCAUCAAGUGAAGUGACUUGCCCACAACUGGAUCACUCCGGCUGUCGUGUUGAUAAGAAGCCGUGGAGGGUGCGGGCAGAGGCCAGGAGACUCGGAGGAGGCAGCUACAGUAGUCUAGAUCUCCUGGGCGUGCCCCCCUCUACUCACUGCACAUGCCGCUGGGACUGGGGCGGCGGAAAAAGGCACCACCUCUGGUGGAAAAUGAGGAAGCCGAGCCAGGCCGUGGAGGGCUGGGUGUGGGGGAGCCGGGUCCCCUGGGUGGAGGUGGGGCAGGGGGGCCCCAGAUGGGCUUGCCCCCCCCUCCCCCAGCCCUGCGGCCCCGCCUCGUGUUCCACACCCAGCUGGCCCACGGCAGUCCCACUGGCCGCAUCGAGGGCUUCUCCAACGUCAAGGAGCUAUACGGCAAGAUUGCUGAGGCCUUCCGACUGCCGGCUGCAGAGGUGAUGUUCUGCACCCUCAACACCCACAAAGUGGACAUGGACAAGCUCCUUGGGGGUCAGAUCGGGCUGGAGGACUUCAUCUUUGCCCAUGUCAAGGGGCAGCGCAAGGAGGUGGAGGUGUUCAAGUCAGAGGAGGCGCUGGGCCUCACCAUCACCGACAAUGGGGCCGGCUAUGCCUUCAUCAAGCGCAUUAAGGAGGGCAGCGUGAUUGACCACAUCCAGCUCGUCAGCGUAGGCGACAUGAUUGAAGCCAUCAACGGGCAGAGCCUGCUGGGCUGCCGGCACUAUGAGGUGGCUCGGCUGCUCAAGGAGCUGCCUCGAGGCCGCACCUUCACGCUGAAGCUCACAGAGCCCCGCAAGGCCUUUGACAUGAUCAGCGGGCGCUCAGGGGGUGGCCGCCCUGGCUCUGGUCCCCAGCUGGGCACUGGCCGAGGGACCCUCCGGCUGCGAUCCCGGGGCCCCGCCACAGUGGAGGAUCUGCCCUCUGCCUUUGAGGAGAAGGCAGUUGAGAAGGUAGAUGACCUUCUGGAGAGUUACAUGGGCAUCAGGGACACAGAAUUGGCGGCCACCAUGGUGGAACUCGGAAAGGACAAAAAGAACCCGGAUGAGCUGGCUGAGGCGCUGGACGAGAGGCUUGGCGACUUCGCCUUCCCUGACGAAUUUGUCUUUGACGUCUGGGGUGCCAUCGGGGACGCCAAGGUCGGCCGCUACUAGGCCUCCUGCUGGACCUCUCAGUGGCCUGGCUUGGCCUGGUGUGAGCCUCUCAGGGCGUAGGGGAGGGCACCACGGCCUGGACCCGUGUCCACCGCGGACGAUACGGAGUGGAGGUGGGGUGGGGGCGGGGCCCCUGCCCCACUCCAAUUGGUACCACCCCUCCCUGGCUCCCAGCCUGGCUGGGGUCCCCAGCACCCCCUGCCCUGUUACCCCCUACCUCAGCAGGGUCAGGCGCAGGGAGGGACCGGACAGAGUGGGAAGCCACCCCCACCCCUAACACUUUCUGCAUCAGCUGCCAAACUGGUCCCUUUGUCUCCCUGGGGCCUUGGGUCUAUUUGGGGGUCGUGACCUCCCCAGUUCCCUGACGCAGGGAGUGGAGAAGGGGGGCGCCUGCCCUCAGCAAAUGCAAUAAUACCCUUCCCCCUACUGCCCUCCCCCCAGAGGAGUCCCCUCGCCAUGGAAUCUGUUACCUCUGCAUUUGAAACAGGAAUCUGCUGUGAACCCCCACCCUCCCUUCCCCCCCACUCCCCAGUGUCCCCCUCCGCCCAGCCCCUGAUGGAAGGGGCAGGAGGGACCUCCGAGGUGGACUUUUGUAUCUGAAUUUGCUGUCUUGAACAUAAAGAACCUAUCUGCUGUU